AUGGGUGCAUGGGGCUACUGUCUCUUCCAGUCCGAUAAUGACCUCGACAUAGUCAGUGAGAUGAGCGACGAAGCCGGCCUCACAAAACUCGAGGAAGAAGCCCAAGCUCCGCAUUCCAUCUACUAUACCAUCUACCGCAAUAUCUGCUCAGACCCUGAGCUUGUUCGCAAGCACCUCGAUUCAGGCGUCCUUGUCGACAUGAUUGCAAAGAAGGAGUCAAAGAUGUUGUCUGAACUCACUGGAUCCCUAGAUCAGAGACUCGAUUACUUGACUCGGGAUCCUUGUUACGCAUACGUACUGCUCGGUGCAUGUGCCAUGACACUCGGCUGCCAGCUUCCUGACGCUUAUGUUAGCAUGCUGAAGAAGGUCUACACUGAAGGCGGGCUCAUGCCAGAUGCGCAACGCCAGAUGAAGAAGGCCCUCUUUGGUCCAGGUGGCUACAAGAAUGGUAGGCCUUACGAUUUCGGGUCCAAGACGCUCUUGGAGACUGCCAAUGCUCGUGAGGUCGAAGAGCGCGACACUGGCUCACAAGGCUUUGUUAUGAUGAAUGUCCUCAGUCCAGGCGGCAUAUGGAACACCGGUAUGACCACAUCGACAACGUCUCUGAUCUUGAAAGAACCUCGGGCACAGCGCAACGAGCCUGACGUAUGCGGUGGCUGUGGUGCCGAUCACAGAGCUGGUGGCAAUGCUCUGCUUACGUGUUCUAAGUGCCACAAUCGAAAGUACUGCUCCAUCGAAUGCCAGAAGAAGUCCUGGAAGGUUCACAGGAAGGUGUGUGUGCCUCCAAAAGCUUCUACCUAG